UGCCUUUCCAAUAAUAUAUUCUACCCUGGAAAUAGUCGAAUAACCAACGCAUGCGCACAAUAUCAUUACCUUUGUUCAAUUCGUCGGUUGGGGUAGUACAGUAUAUGGCCACACCAUUCUUCAACUCAUGCGUCAACUAUUAAAAAUAAUUCAAUAAAAACAUAUUAAAAGAUUAAUGAGUGAUAAAAAAGGCAUGUUCGUAUGCAACUAAGACUUCAGUAGCGGAAAAAGAAGCGCAUGCCUAAUAAUUGGUCGGAGACCGUACGAAGCGACACAACACAUAUAUAGAAUGAUCAUGAGGAUGAGAACACGGCUGAUGAAACUAAUAGGCCUACUACUUAUCGGUACCUUGACAAUUACCUCCUAUGUUUUCAGGACAAUGACACCAACGAACAACCCCCUGCAUAGGAUCGAUUUCAUUGUCCAACAUUACACUACGCGAACCCGUGUUGAUACCCCACAAAGCGAAAACGAGAUCUUAGCAGUGAAGGUAUCAGAAUUUCGCAACGUACUUGAUGUACGAAACACAGAGACCGAGUAUAACAAUUCCUUCCUUAUGUCACAAGAUAAUAAUGAACAAAUCUUCAAUAUCGGUAAAUUAGGCAAGUUACUACAAAAGCCAUGGACUCAAAACAAAACCAACAUAAAUGCUCUCUUUACGCGAACCCGUAUUGAUACCCCACAAAGCGAAAACGAGUUCACAUCAGUGAAGGUACCAGAAUUUCGCAACGUACUUGAAGUACGAAAUACAGAGACCGAGUAUAACAAUUCCUUCCUUAUGUCACAAGAUAAUGAAAAAAUCUUCAAUCUCGGUAAAUUAGGCAAGCUACUACAAAAGCCAUGGACUCAAAACAAAACCAACAUAAAUGCUCUUUUUACUGAUGACUUGGCGAUGGUGCUUGAUUCACGUUAUCAAUUCGCAACAAAGAACAAUACACAGAGACAACAAGUUGUUAAAUUCACCCACUCUAAGAACCUAGCUAUAAAUGUGCCUCACGAUGUCUACAGGGCUCUUCCAGAGGCAUAUCCAUUCGGCGAAAAAAAAAUUAAAAACUGUAGUGUGGUGGGAAGCGGGGGUAUUCUCAAAAACAGCAGCUGUGGAUCGCAGAUAGAUUCUUCAGAAUUUGUAAUCAGAUUCAACAUACCACCAUUACAAGAUUUUAUUAAAGAUGCCGGUCGGAUUUCAAACAUAACUACUAUCAAUCCAUCUCAGAUAGAAUUUCAGUUUAAUUCAUUAAGAACAAAAGUAGAUAGAGAGAGAUUUAUAGCGUAUAUCAAGCAAUACGGCAAAUAUAUAUGGAUAUCCGGGUUUGGCUUACCCUUGGGACUGUAUUUAACCAGACGUGCCUUGCGGACCAUUAGAAGCACCCCAGGAAUCAAGAUCAAAGUGUUGCUCGGUCACCCGAAGCAGUGGACUGCAAUGAACAAAUUUUGGUCUCACAGAGGUGUGAAAGCUGAACGAAUAUCCAGCGGUGCUUAUUGGCUCUCCUCUGCGUUGACAAUGUGUCAUGAAGUACAUCUUUAUGGAUUUUGGCCAUUCAGGACAGAUCAGCACGGAAAUCUCAUUAAUUACCACUAUUAUGAAGACAAAGCUCCUAAUAAUAAAAUUCUUAUGUACCACCACUUUGACGAAGAAUUUAAGGCUAUCGUUGAUCUGCAUAUCAAAGGUAUUGUAAAGUUACACGUCGGUAAAUGCCAGUGUUGACCCUUGUGGUGUGGUACUAUUAGUAGACUUCAACAAAUUUUACAGCUCGGACUGCAUGGUCUUCCAUCGAACCUCCUAUACCAUACAGGUAGUAGCGCAAUUUUAAGAAGUUGCAUUUAAGCCAUUGAGCGGUUAAUAACAGGUGAAGGUCCCAUGCUUACGGUCCGAUGGGAGUCCCCGACCCCUAUCCCACUGAUAUUUUCAAGGUGGGCUGCCAAAUUUACACCAUGGGUGUCAAUGAACUAUGUUUCAAAACAUAAUUUUGUAUAGUUACUCAACUGAAAUCAAUAGUCGGCCCUAUGCCACAAUCUUGAUGUUAUUUAGUGCGAUGAACCGAUUGGAUUGUAAUCAAAAGUUAUUUUACAGUUUUACUUCCAUCCAAGAGUUUCCAUUAAAUUAAAAAAGUAUAUUCCAGAACUAGCGAUUACUCAGAUUAGCCUAAAUUAUUCAAAAGAGAGCAGCAUGAUUAAGACUAUCGGUGAAGAUCGGUUUACUACAGCACGUUAGACGAGUUAAACGCAAACAACGCUACUGCGCUCAUGCCAGUCACUAGUUUAUUCUAAUAAUGAAAACAGACGCGUAUACUUCUGCAAAUGCGACCGUACGCCAAUAGUUGGCUAUUAUGGAACGCCAAAAGUGGCACAAUGCAAAUCUGAAGUGGUAGCAUUAACACAAGUGACGCAGAGCAAAAGUCAAGUGGCGGUACAUAACUAAGUCUCAAUUAGGAGUUACUGGUGUAUAAUACUGAGCUGUGUGUAUUCGGAGUUACUGGUGUAUAAUACUGAGCUGUGUGUAUUCGUAAGAAAAAUGUUGGUGUUGUUAAAAGAGAAAAUAAGAUUGGGAUUGAAAUGUAACACAUUAACCACAAAAGUAACACAAGCUCCACUAUUUGUACUUAUUUUUCGUUUUGAGUAUUUAAGCUAAAAGUUAAAGCUAUAUUGCGUACGUUUAUUAACUGUAUACUGAAAUGUUAUACUGGCUGGCUAAGAUGGCAAUGGAAAUAGACCUAAUUAUAAUUCAAUGUUCUGUAAAAGAACCACAACUUUGGUAUGAUAAAAGAAGUAUGUUAAGUAGUCUAAAAAGGAAUAUUCAUAAAAGUCACACAAAUAUGGGUAUACAUUUAAUUUUUACCUUGUUUUGUUCUUUCAGUAUUCUUCAAACAAUUGCAAUAUUUUUUGUAUAAUUUCUUGUUUUUUUAUGUAGAGAUUCAUUCAUUAAAAUUUCAACUACAACAGUUAGACUCAAAAAUAUAGUUAAUUAUAGUAGUUUAUUGCUGUUUAUAGUAGUGAGUUAAAGUUUAUAGGUCAGUCAACAAUUCAACAAUAGGCCUAUUUAUAAUAACAGGCUACUUAUUAUUAUUAUUAUUAUUAUUAUUAUUAUUAUUAUUAUUAUUAUUAUCAUUAUCUUUAUCAUUA